AUGGCGAGUGAACCCACCGGGACGCUGCCAUUCCCUUCAACAUUCGACUCUCGCAUCCAUCCUCUUUCCUCCUCUCCGUCAUCUGGUUUCCUUUCGAGCACAGCAACUUCCAAUGGCGGCAUUGCAGCUCAGUUGGAAAGUGUCACUACGAUCUUUGUUGUUGGCUUUCCCGACGAUAUGACAGAACGAGAGUUUCAAAACAUGUUCACAUUCUCGCCGGGUUUCGAGGCUGCAUCAUUAAAGUGGCAUAGCAAGGAUCAAGAAGAUGAAAACCUUGGCAGUAACAAUAACAAAAAGCAAAUGAUUGGAUUCGCCAGGUUUCAUACAAGAUUGGAGGCAAUGGAAGCUGUCGAAGUUCUCAACGGCAAACGUGUGGAUCAGGAACGCGGCACAUUACUCAAGGCAGAGAUGGCCAAGAAGAAUUUGCAUAUCAAACGAGGAUCCGUGGUACCCACUCAAGCUGCUGCCACUGCGGCUGCUGCUGUCGCUGCUGCUGCUGCUAAUGCUGCUGCUAAUGGUGGUAGUGGUAGUGGUAGUGGUAAUGGUAAUGCAAGUGGUGUCACUGGAACGACAACGACUACAACAAAUGGUGGUGGUGGUGCAAAUGAAUCGGUGGUGUCACCAUUGAGUAUUCUAUCCAAGAAAAUGCAUUUACCGCCAUCCUAUGAUUCGUUCUCUCCGUUACCAAGCGAUCUCCUCUCACCAAUCGAUUAUUACAAAACUGAUCCUUUCGCCAAAGAUCCUUUUCAAAAUGGUUCUGUGCCAGCAACUCCAUUAUUCAAUGAUCCUUUAUUUGGUCUUCGAUCACAAUCAUUUGAUGCACGUAGCAUUGAUUUGAUGUCACCACCACGAGGAUUUGGUUUAAUCCCUCCCAGCAGAAUGACACAAGCUAUGCAAGAUACUACUACCACCAACAACAUCACCACGGCAACCACCACCAAUCCUGCCACAACGACAAUGACCACCACGGCUACCAAUCAUGUUGAUCCAUUUGAUUACCUCUCGAAAUCAUCUCCUGUGCCAACAGAGCGAGCAUUCAGUACAUCAUCACCACCUUCAUCUUUUCUUGCCAACAACAAUACCAACAUGGCUGAUAAUGGUCCAAGCAUCAUCUCUCGUCGUCUUGGUUCUCUUUCUAUUCAAACAGGUGGCAACUUUCCUACCGAUUUCCGUUCUCCCAGCUUGUCAUCGCCUAGCUACAAUAGCAGCACUACUACUACCACCGCCACCGCCACCACGACUACCAUCGCCGCUCCUCCCAACAACAACACCACCACCAUUAACAGCAACAACAACAACAUUAAUAAUCGACCUAUCAAUCCAGCAGAUCAAAAUCCACCAUGCAACACGUUGUAUGUAGGCAAUCUACCAGCCAACACAAGCGAGGAUGAGUUGCGUUCUUUGUUCUCAAAGUGCCAUGCUUUCAAGCGCAUGUCGUUCCGUAACAAGGCUCAGGGUCCCAUGUGUUUUGUGGAAUUCGAGGAUGUGCAGUAUGCGACUCAAGCCAUGAAUGAGCUUCAAGGUCAUUGCUUGUCCAACUCGAUCAAAGGAGGCAUUCGUCUCUCGUUCAGCAAAAAUCCGCUGUUCAUCAAGCCAAACAAGACCACAAGCACCAAUGGCACCACCAUUGCGGGAGACUUUUGA